AUGGCGACACCAAAACUUCACAUCGCACACGAGCUCCUCGCCCGCGCCCACUCCCCCGACACAGCAAACCAACUCUUCACCGAACGCAUCAAACAAAAACCUCUCUUCCUCCGUCCAACAUCCCCAACACCCGCCGACAACCGCUCCAGACGUCGCCUCCACCGCCUCCGCAAGAAAGAAUACUUCCUCCGCAAGCAGAAGCCAAAGCCCCUCUCCGCGCGGGAGAAGCGCGCGUCGGGCAUCUACGACCUCCCCAAGGAGGAAUGCAAGUAUGCGAUUUUCAAAGGCCUCCAUGAGAUGUGGGUGGGGUAUAUGCAAGAGAUUCUGGAUUUGAAGGAUCGACCGAUUACAUCGCCCAUCUCGGCGCAAUCGCAUGGGAGUAAACUUGUCAGUGCGGAUUUCCACGGGGCGGAGGUUGAGGUUGUUCGGAGUCGAUGCGCGGGUCGUGUUGGGAUUAAGGGGAUUGUGGUGAGGGAUACGAAGUUUACGUUUGUGAUUAUUACGGAGAAGGAUGAGUUGAAGAAUGUUCCGAAAGAGCAGACCAUCUUUCGCUUCUAUCUCCCUGUACCGGUCUCGCAAAACGCAGACGCAGAAGAGCCUGAAGACAAAACCGCACCAAAGGACCUUGUAUUCGAACUACAUGGCAGCCAAUUCCAGAACCGCGCAGUUGACAGAUCCAACAAGAAAUUCAAGUGGAGGAACGUCGAAUACCUAUAA